CCUCUCCCUUGGUCGAUAGAGUUAUUGGCUGUUGAAUCCCAAAGACCUCGCAAUCGAACGAACCACAGUACAACCAUACAUUUCCGUGAUUUCCGGUCAAUUACUCUGACCCUAUGUCAUGUUGACUCAUCAGAAGAUGCCUUCCCCCGACGAAGGGGAUGCCCUCAUAACUUCAACGAUAACCAUCUCAAUCUCCCAAUUAUGCAUGCUGUCAUGAAUCGUGAAACCUCAACUCCUACUUCGAUCGAAAAUUUAUCUGGCACUAUCCCAACAACCUCAGUCAUUGGGAUGGACUCGGAGGUCCAAGACCGCCUUGCUUCACUUGAAGCCCAGGUGAUACGACUUAAUGCCACCGUUGCCUGUCACGAACAACAGGUUCGAGCCGCGAGACUUGCUACCUUGAACCAAUGGUGCUCCAUUCUAAACAACAAAACAAGCAAUUCGGGUUAUACAAUGCCACCACAAGACCGCGGCGAUAUACUCAACGAUGUCGCCAUUAUUCGAGCCAUGUCAACCUUCAUGCCCGACAAGGCUUCAAGCUGGAAGAAAGUAUUCGAGAAAACCUACGGUAUCACUUUUGAAACCGCCAGCUCCGAUGAUCUACUCCUGAUGGCAAGUCUUCGGGUAAUCACCGUAUUCAACAUUGCAGCUGAGGUCCAAGUUGGUCAGAAGUGGCGGACGUCGGAUAGCAGCAUAGCUACGGGACGCGUGAGAUCACUUUGCAUGACUAUCAUUGACGAAUGGCUGGUACACCCGGAGAGUCUGUUAGAACCUGGAUCAAAGAAUGAGAAGGCUUACAACGAGCUGCUGGAGCGGUAUAAUUUUCCUUCUAACCUCUAAACCUCCCUUUUGGAUCUUUACAAUCUAAGAUCUUCGAUUUCCUCAUUUCAUCAGUGGCUUUGUGAUUCGAUGAAAUCGCCUUGCUAGAAACGAUCUAUCGAUCAACGAAUCCGUUUAAGGGUUCCAUUGAUUCCAUGUUAGUUACACUACCAUUAUUGCUUUCCACUCCUUCCAAUGUUAC